AUGGGGCAUUACGACGAGUACAGCCAACCUCCAACAAGAUCUCAAUCGGAUCGUAUUGAUUCUUUUGGUUCUAGCGCAAGUGCACCAGUUCACGACAAACCGAAGAGCAACAAUGGGUCGACUCUGCAGACGAGUGGCCAACGAACAUCUCAACCACAAUCUCGUCCCUCACUCCCAGAGAGAAACAGGUCUGAAAGUGGCAUACAAGCGCCGCAUCUUGGAGAUGUACCUGCACGAAAGCCAACCACGCAAUCGACAAUUGCGGAACUCCAAAACGAGCUUAUGGUAGCACAUAUGCAGUUGGACGAAUUUGUUACGAGAUCUGCCUCAAUGCACUCGAAUGAUCCUUACAGAGUCGGCGACGACAAGAUUGCAAGAGAUAGAGAUCUUGUGGUAGCCGAUGUACGACAAUGGAGCAGAAAUUUCAAUCGUUCUUCCAGAGGAGUAUUGAGAACACUGAUUGCAGGUGAUGAACCGGGGAGACCUUUUGAGAAGGUGUCGAGCGAGUAUGAUCACUACCUCACCAGGCACCCAAGGUGA